CCUCCACCUCCUCCUCCUCAGUGGCUGCUCCCACUUUGGACCCUGCCUCCACCUCCUCCUCCUCCUCAUUGACUGGUACCUCCCAGGCUGCUGCCCCACUGGGUCCGCUGGAUGUCUCCUCAUCUUCCAGUGAUCCUGGGGCUGUUGAUGAGUCCAGUGUUCCAGGGAUGGACAGGGUCGACAGCCUGGCAGAGUAUCUGGUUGAACUGAGGAACCAGCCCUCUCUUGCCCUCAACAACCAGCAGGUGAGCAACAUUGUUGCUCUGUGGCAAAACCUGCUGGAGUUUGACAAGCAGAGGGUGGUGUUUGCUGCCAGACACCAGAGCAGGCUGGAUACGGGGAGGUUCAGGUCACCCAAGAAGAAGCAGGAGUUCACGCCGGGAGUAGACAGCCUCAAAAGGCACGCCCUCACCACCACUGCCCCUCUUGCCCAGUGGCCAGAUUGCUGCCGCCUGAUUGAGUCCAUCUUUGUCCGGCUCUGUGACAUCCACCGUAGUCCCAAGAAGAGGGGGACAAUCACAGUGUCCAGAUGGGACCUCAUCUUGGAGGACUACAGACAGAUCAGGCGGCGCAUUCUGGGUAACGGGACAGUGAUGCAGCAGACCGCCCUGCAGCUGGUGGAUGUCAGUCACACAACCCUUGUGCAGUGGCACAAUAAAAGGGUGAAGAGACAGGACACUGCAGUGAUGUUGCAGGGGCUCACCCUGCCCAGUCGCUUGUCUGCAGCAGCCAACCCUCUUCCUGCUGCAAACGUGCAGCCUUUAUUUGCAGCCCCCCAGCCUGGCCCCUCUUACCAGUACCAGUUCCCCAGCAGCACUGUGGGCCAGGCAAAGAUGAAAAAAAUGAAAACCUCACCAGCAUCUGAGCCAUCGGCCAAAGCGAGGCCUCCUCACCAGCGGCAGCUUUUUGCUGCACCACCUCCUCCCCCUAGCCCUCAACUGGUGAUGCUGCCUCAUCCAGCCUCACAGAUGCUGCCUGUGUUCCUGGCUGCUCCACAGGUCUUGGGUGUCAACUUGCCAUUUGCUGGGGUUGCUGCCCCUGCUCUUGCUCCUGCUCCUGCUACCGUCCGCCGCAAACGAAACAUGACAACCAAGACCAAAAGCCACAAGGCCAUGGGAGAUGGGGAGUGGAUGUCAAGGCUGAGGGCCUUUGCCAGCACUGGAGUUUGGCCCCCAGGAGCCGGCAACAGGCCAGCGCCAAGGCAACGGAAGUGGCAUGACCUCUACCAAAAGCCUGCCACCCAGUCAUCUCCUCCCUCCACAUCAUCUGCAGCUUCAGCCUCUGCUCCUGAGGCCCGGACAUAUUUGCGUCCCCCUCUAAGUCUGUCCAUGUUCACAAAAUCCCACUAUGGUGGCUCAUUGUCAUCUGCAGUGCAGCCAAAUUUGGUGAAAAGAAGGACCCCCAGUCCUUCACCUGUGAGCACCCCCAGUCCUUCACCUGUGAGGACCUCCAGCCCUUCACUGUCUUCUCUGAGGACCCCCAGCGCUUCUGUGUCGUCUGUGAGGGCCCCCAGCCCUUCACUGUCUUCUCUGAGGGCCCCCAGCCCUUCUGUGUCAUCUGUGAGGACACCCAGCCCUGCACCAUCCCAGGGGAAGUUCCCAGUUUGGGAACAAAACCCUGUACAAGCUGACGCAUCUGGCGAACCGGGAGGACGUGCGUCAUCCCAUGCGGGAUCCUCAGCUUCAUUCUGGCUGCCGGGUGAGCUGAGCAAAACCAUUCCUCUGCAGGACCAGAGGUGGAUUGCCAACACCCUCUUUCACUCUGGGAAACUGCGGCCAGAUUUGAAGCUGUGGUAUGAGCCCCCUGUCCCAGCGCUCAUUUACCAUCAAACACCGACCCCAGAGCCUUUCUUCACCCAUCGCCUGAUGGUGUGGAUGCCCUACCACCUGUGGAAGGUGAAGAUCGCCUGCCCUACAUGUGGAAAGCAGUUGACAGGCGCUGGGGUCCACAAAAGGGCACGGAAGGUCCUGGACAUCGACCGGUACUACCUGCUGGUGACAGAGACACUCAGGUGCACUGUGUGUGUACAGAACCAUUUGUCCACCAGUCAGACUGUCCGGGACCAGCUGGACCUCCCUCACCAGCAAAUGUUCAGAUUAAUCCUGACCCGCAAGUACGCCUGUGACAUCCGUGUCAUCAGGCUGCUUCGGGACAGGACCCUGGGCAACAGUCCAGCGCGGCUGGUGAAGCAGCUAAGGGAGAACCAUGGGGAGGAGUGGCUCGACAGGCUGGUACACUAUCUGGGGGAGUGUGCUGAGUUUGUGGAUAAGCCAAGCCUCUUCCCGGUUGUCUGCCGGGAGCCCCCGGAGCCGAUGGACAUCCCCACCAGUCGCUGGCUGUUGGUCGUUUAUGGACGGGACAUCCUCUCAAGGUUGGACCACAUAAAGGCCAGAAUCACCUCCACGUUUGGGUCCAUCCUUAAGCUGGACUCCACCAAAAAGAUCACAAAGAAGCUGGCUGGCACCGGCAGGGGCACAGCUCUCUGGCUAACCUCCGUCAGCAACGAGGUUGGCCAGAUCCUGAACAGUGUCUUGACUGUGCAAGAGGGGUCGGGACUAAACAGGAUGGCGUCCGGCCUGAUGGAGCGGUACCGCCAGGCAUCUGUGUCACCCCCAGUUCUUAUGUAUGUGGACUGUGGAUGCUGUGUGGAAGAGGGGGCCAGCAAGCUGCAAGUGAGGUUUGGGGAGUGGCCAGACCUCCACAUUCGUCUGGAUAUCUGGCACUUUAUGAGGAGGCUGGCUGUGGGCUGCACCACCGAUGCCCAUCCCCUCUACCCUACCUUCAUGGGCUGCCUCUCCGCCUGCAUCUUUGAGUGGGAUGCUGGGGAUCUUGCUCUUUUGAGGCAGGCGAAGAGAGAACAGCUCAGACUGGAGGGUGUGCCUGGCAUCACUGAUCUCCUGACGGAGGACACGGGGUGA